CUGUAUCGUUACUGCGUGAGCAGAAGAACUUCUCAUCCAAAUAGCUGGAGGUAGGGACUGUAAUCAUGUGUGACAAGCCAAUCCUUCACUACUUCAAUGGACGGGGGAGAAUGGAAUGUAUCCGUUGGGCGUUUGCUGCAGUUGGUGUUGAAUUUGAAGAGAAGUAUUUAGAUACAAAGGAGGACUAUGAACAGAUGCUUAAGAAAGGAGAUUUGCUGUUUCAGCAAGUACCAAUGGUGGAAAUAGAUGGCAUGAAACUAGUAUCAACAAAGGCCAUCCUGAGCUACAUAGCUGGAAAAUACAACAUAUAUGGGAAGGAUCUAAAAGAAAGAGUAUUCAUUGACAUGUAUAUUGACGGAACCAGUGACCUAAUGGCACUCAUCCUAACAAUGCCCUUCCAGACUGAAGAAGAAAAGCCGAAACAAAGGGAUCUUAUCAAACAAAGAGCUUUGAACAGAUAUUUUCCAGUGUAUGAAAAAGCUUUGGAAAAGAAAAAAUAUUUAGUCGGAAACAAUUUGAGUUUAGCAGAUGUGAAUCUCAUGGAAGCCCUUGUAACAGUGGAAGAGGUACAUUUUGACAUCCUGCAGAACUUUCCUAAUUUACAGGCUUUCAAAGCAAGUAUGUCUGCAAUGCCAGCAAUUAAGAAAUUCUUGGAGCCAGGGAGUAAAAGAAAGCCUAUUGCUGAUGAAAAAUAUGUAAACACUGUAAAGGGAGUUUUAUUCAGCUGAUCUGGACAAGAAAUGUCAGCACUCUGC